ACCUCCACUUUUAAGACUCCUCCCACUUUUGGUGGUUAUCCUUUCUCCCUCAGUCUCUCUCUCUCUCUCUUGGGUAUUUAUUGUCAAUGGAUCCAGUCAAAGUGUUUGAUAGAAUUUAUUUAUCGUCGUCCAAUCUUCUGGUGCCUAAGGAGAGAUUGAUAAACACUCCUUCAAGGAAGGAUGGUAUGUCACGUGAUCUUGAGAUAGACAUGAGAGUAACAGGCUGUCAUUACAUCCAGUCUGCUGGCAUUCUGUUGAAGUUACCUCAGGUUGCUAUGGCAACUGCUCAGAUAUUGUAUCAUAGAUUCUAUUAUGCGAAGUCGUUUGUCAAGUUUAAAUGUUACUAUACCAUGAUGGCCUGUCUGUUUCUGGCAGCUAAACUAGAGGAGAGCAGUAGGAGACUGAGAGAUGUCAUUAAUGUCUUCCAUCACCUCAGGAACAAGAGACAGGGCAGCCCUCCAGUCGUCAUGGACUAUGUCGGUGAAGAAUAUUUUAGACUGAGAAACCUCAUCAUCAAACACGAGCGAUACAUUCUCAAGGAGUUGGGUUUCUGUGUUCACGUUCAACACCCACACAAAUUGAUUAUUUCGUGCCUUCAAAUACUCGAAUUAGAAAAGAACACGCCAUUGAUUCAGAAAGCAUGGAAUUACAUGAACGACAGUUUAAGAACCAACAUAUUCCUGAGAUACAAUGUACAGACCAUAGCUUGUUCAUGUAUAUACAUUGCUACAGGACAUUUAAAGAUAGCACUUCCAUUACAGCCUCCUUGGUGGGAACUAUUUGAUGUCAACUACACUGAUAUGAAAACUAUUAGUUUAGAGUUGAUUGCUUUGUAUCAAAGAGAAAUAAAGAAGUUACAAGAACUUGAGAAACAAGUUGAUCAACUUCAGCAAUUGCUGAUAUCAAAGAAAGAUAGCAACAAAGAAAUGACUCCAUCAUCACAAACAGUGUCUCCAGCUCAUCUUGGUGUAAUGUCACAAGAUUCACAAGAGAAAAGCCCAAAAGAAAUGAGUCAGUUGACUGUUUCGAGAAGUGAUAAAGAGGAAGCUCCACCCCCCACUACCAGUAAUGAGCUUAAGCCAUUGAAUGGACACAAGCGACCUUUAUCAGCCACACCUCCUUUGUCCUCUACUCAAGAGAAAAGGUCAAAGUUAGACAAUCAUGACACCAAAGCUAGCUCUAAGCCCAUCAUUAGCCCAAUUAAACUGUCAUCAGAUAGUGAAGAUGAAUCUUCGAGAUAUCAUGAGGUUCAUAAAAAUGAUAAGAGCAGAAGAAUGAAGUCUCGUCAUCAUGAAAGAAGUGGUCGACAUAAAACGGAAAGAAAGAGUCGGAAGAGAGAAGCCAGAAGCAACAGUAGAGACAGGAGGAGCUGGAGUAGGGAGAGGAGUAGCAGCAGAGAAAGAUGGAGGGAGAGAAGGUAUCAUCAUUACCAUAGAGAUGAUGAUUACCACAUAAAACAUUACAGGAAAUAAUAAUUAUUUAUUGUGUUCUCAUUUGGCUUUUGAUGUCUGUCAGAAACAGUGAUUUUAUAAAUCGAUCCUUUUAAUUAAGUCAUUUUAAA